UCUUUGAGAUGACUUGAUUCGGAAUAUUAGUGGCAAAAAUUAAAAUCUCAGUUUGAUGGAGGAUGAACAUCUGUACUGUGUCAGAGAAGCAGACAGUCUGAAUUUUUAUAUUAACGGUACAGGUUUUGAUGUGUCCGAAGCAAAUACUGUAGGAAGUGAAAUUAUAUUGAAGAACUUGUUUUAGAUGCCAUGCAAUCUGGUGAUAAAGGCUGUUCUUCUAUGGAAUUGCACUCCUCAGCUAAUGCCAGGGAUGGAGCCACUGUCAUCACGCCAGUCGUUCAAGGCCAGAGCAUCACUAAUUUAACUAUCAAUAUUGCAAGCACACUGAACGAGAGUGCAGAUGAACAACAACUGACGAUUUCAGAUAAGCUCCUUGAGGAUUUGAAAGACGUUCACAAAUCUGCGCUCAUAAACAAAUUCGAACACGUAUCUGAUUGCAUUGCUAAAUACGGGAAACAGCCCCUUCUCAAAGACUUGUUCACUGAUGUUCUGGUGACUGAAAGUGGAAGUGGCGAUGAGACAUUAGAAAGGAAAACGUCCUGUUCCUUAAAGCGCAAUGAAAUUUUCAAAUCUGAGUGUGAAAGGAAAAAUGUUAGGACUGUACUGACAAAGGGGAUAGCAGGGAUUGGUAAAACUGUCUACGUGCAGAAAUUCAUUUUUGACUGGGCCUCUGGAGAGAGCAACCAGGAGUUUGACUUUGUAUGUGUCUUUCCUUUCCGUGAGCUCAACCUGCUCAGGAAAGAAAUUAGCCUCGUCGAGCUCAUGCAACAGUACUACCCGCACAUGAAAAGGUGUGAAAAUAUUUUGUCUGACGGCGUGAUCAAAUUCCUGUUUGUCUUUGACGGAUUGGACGAGAGCAGACAUCAGUUGGAUUUUUAUAAAUGUCCGCCAUUGGAAGAUGAGAGGAAAGCCGCCUCUAUGGAUGUUUUGCUUACAAACAUAAUUCGGGGGAACCUACUUUCUCAGGCAUCCAUCUGGAUAACCUCCAGGUCUUCUGCAGCAAACCAGAUUCCUGCUAAUGUCAUCAAUAGGGUGACGGAGAUACAAGGGUUCGAUGACAAGGAGAGAGAAGAGUACUUCAGGAAGAAGUGCAAAAACACAAUUUUGGCAGCCGAAAUAGUGGCACACAUAAAGGCACACAGGAGUCUGUAUCUAAUGUGCUAUGUGCCUUCUUUCUGCUGGGUGCUAGCCUGUGUUUUUGAACAAACCCUUGCCAGAGAUGGCAACGGUUACCUUCCAAGAACUUUGGCAGAAAUAUAUACAAAGUUUUUGAUAGUUGUUCUGACUUUCCAGAAUCAGAAAUACGACGAUCAGAGAAGAUGGACAGAUUACAGCUUACUGGAGUCUAACAGAGAUGCCAUUCUUAAUUUAGGAAGGCUGGCAUUUGAACAUCUGGAAAAAAGUAAUGUCAUUUUUUAUGAGCAGGAUCUGAUCAAAUAUGGCAUUCAUAUGAGCCAGCCGUCAGUAUUUACUGGGGUGUGCAAAGAAAUAUUUCUUGAAAACUCGGUAUCAUUGCAGGAAAGCGUCUACUCAUUUGCACAUCUGACACUCCAAGAAUAUUUUGCGGCCCUGUAUGUGUUCAUCAGUUAUCAAAAUAAAAAGCUAAAUGUGCUUAGAAAGACCAGAGAUUACACUUUCAGCUGUGUUGCUGGACAGCCUAGUUUACGGGAUGUGUUUAGAAUAGGACUGAAAAAGUCUCUCCUCAGUAAAAGUGGUCAUCUUGAUGUCUUUGUCAGGUUUCUGUUAGGCGUCAGUACAGAACACAGCCAAAAUCUAUUAAAUGGACUUUUAUUAAACACAGAAGACAAUUCUGAUGUCAUUAGUCAGACCACCGAAUACAUCAAGGAUUUAAUUAGGAGCGACAUCUCUCCUGAAAGAUGCAUCAAUCUUUUUCAUUGCCUGAAUGAGCUAAAUGACAACUUUCUUGUGGAGGAGCUGAAAACGUCCUUAAACUCAGGACAGCUUUCAAAGGCAAAGCUUUCACCAUCGCAGUACUCAGCGCUUGCCUACAUCUUCCAGAUGUCCCCAGGUGAAACUGAUGAACUCAACUUGCGCAAAUACCGCCUUCACGAAGAAGGUGUUAUCCGAAUGUUACCCGUUGCAAAGCUUUACAAGAGACUAAGUGUGGAACAGUGUUGCCUCACGGCCAGAAGCUGCGUGGAUCUGGCCUUCGUCCUCAGAUCCCACCAGUCGCGGCUCAGACAGCUGGAGCUGGGCUGGAAUAUCCUGCAGGACGCUGGCGUGAAGCUGCUGUGUGCUGGGCUGGCGGAUCCAAGCUGCAAGUUACGAAGACUGGGGCUAAAGCAGUGUGGUCUGACGAAAGUGAGCUCUGAAUAUCUUGCGUCCGUUCUCUGUACAAACCAUGCAAGUCUGAGGGAGCUGGAACUCAUGAUGAAUCAAAUAGAAGACGAUGGUUUAAAGAAACUGUCUACUGGUCUGACACAUCCCAAUUGCAAAUUACAGAAACUGGGGUUAAGGCACUGUGGUCUUACUGCUGGCAGCUGUCAGUAUCUGUCCAGCAGUCUCUGCAGAGUCCAGUCCAGUCUGAGGGAGUUAGUGCUGAGCAGGAACACUGUGGGGGAUGAUGGAGUAAAGAUCCUGUCAGAGGGACUGAAGGACCCACAGUGUCAGCUACAAACACUGAAGUUAGAGGGAUGUGGGCUCACCCCUGCAUGUUGUGAAGACAUUGCCUCAGUUUUCUGCACAAACCAUUCAAGCUUGACAGAGCUGGAUCUUAAAAUAAAUGGGUUGGAAGAUUCAGGACUGGAUAUUUUGUGUUGGGGACUCAGGAAUCCCAACUGUAAAAUAAAGAACCUGGGGUUAGAAUUCUGCAGAUUAACAGCCAGGAGCUGUGAGUCUCUAGUUUGUGCUCUUAGUGCCACCCAGUCAAAUCUGCAAGAGCUGGACCUGAAUGCAAACAACCUGGGGGAUUCUGGAGUGGAGUUUUUGUCUGCUGGACUGAAGAACCCUAACUGUAGACUACAGACACUUAGAUUGAGGAGUUGUGGUCUGACUUCCAGAAGCUGUAAAUAUCUUGCCCUGGCUGUUGGCAUGUUUGCCUCCACGCUGAAAGAGCUGGACCUCAGUGAUAAUGAGAUGGGGGAUGACGCGGUGGAGUUUCUGGCUGUGGCAAUGAAGAACCCAAACUGCAAGUUACAGCAGGUCUGUCUCGCAGGAAGUCAGAUCAGCUGGGCCCUGAAAGGAGAGCUCGUAUCCGUGUUGGCCGAGCUGCGUCAGUCAGGAAAAGACAUGAGCUUCAAGCUGAACAACAAUGAAAUUCUGUAGGAAUGAGAGGUCUGGGCUCAUCCAGGAGGAAUACAUGAAGACUGGAGGCUAUGCUUUCUAUAGGAAAUAAGGACCAUCGGAUAAAUCACAGAAAACAAUAACAGGAAGAUCUAUAGGUGCCAAAUUCAUCAAUAAUUCUGUGGACAUUGUUUAAGAACUGAACAAUUGUGAAGCAGAACAAAUAACCCUGAAACACAAUUACCACUAAAAUAAAAAUAUAAAUCACUUCAGCGCAUAUAAAAUCCAAAUACUGUAGAUUUUUUACAAGGCUUAUCCUAUGGAAUGGGCACAUACUGUAUAAACAGUUUACAAUUCAAAUCUUUGAGGUUUGUGGUACAGUAUCUUUUUUAAGAGAUAGCAGUCACUGUGAAUUAUGGAAAUUAUUAUUAAUUUUUGGAGUUAGAAGUCUGUGUCAAAGCAGAAUUAGAGGUCUGAGACACGUUCCAGCAUGGUGAGAAAAUGACAUCUUAAAGACACUGAGCAUUGCUGAUAUGAAGGAAUGUCAAACCUGACAGCCUCCUUCUAAGCCACCUGUCUAGCAGAUUAGUGUGUCUGGUGAAUGUUUGUGUUAAAUAGCCUACACAAUUACAUACUGAUGAAACUAUUUUAAAACAGAUAAGAAAAAUAAAUUAUGAAACCGUUUUGUGAAUACUUUCCCACAAGGGACAUUCAAAAUGAAGUUGAGUUAUUUGUAAGAUGUUAGCUAUUGAUGAAUGUGACAGAUUAAAUCACUUUUACAAUCUAAUAGAAAAGCACUACAGCAUGUUAUGACGUGUACAUUGAUCCUGAUCGAAAAACAAUUACUGCUGUUAAAGGUUCAAUUUAACAGCCCAAAUGUUCAAGUAGGUAUCUCCGUCACCGUGCAUAGGCAGCAAAGCAAGAAGAAAGGUUUUAUUCCAUGCUGAAAAAAACACAAAGUUUCGGCUGACCUGAAGAAGGCUUCACAGUCGAUAUAUUAUUUCUCUUUCACUUCAGCAUGGAAUAAAACACCUACGCCGAUAUGCAAACGGUUUGUAAUACAUUUUUAUCAUGAAUGUUUCUGUGGAUUUUUUACAUGCACUUCUUCAAAGCGCCUACCUUUCUGAGAGACACUGGGGCCGCACGGUGUGUUGGAGCUGUUUUUUCCUGAUCGCCUCAUCCCUACCCCACUGCUCUGAGAAUGCCAGCCACAGGAGGAGGGGAAGCCUCCUUCUGACAAGCCUCACUAUUCACCUUGUUCAUACCAUAUGGCAAUAUCAUACAGUCACAAACACUGACAGGCAGAGGAGCUGGUUUUCUUGCUGCACUGCAUUCAGAUAGCAUCGCAUACAGAAAACAGGUUAAAAGCACCGUGCUCUUUUUAACAUCCCCUCAAGCUUAAUAUAAGAAUGUGAUGUAGAACAGUGGCUCUGUUGUGGGUUCGAAUCCCAGCUGUUAUACCUGGAGUAAGGUACGUCCCUCAGACUCCUCCAGUUAAUGCCCUGCUGUGCAAGUGGGUUGUCUUUGGGGUGUCACUGGGAACCAGAAUGUAUCCUCAAUUGACCUGAUUAAUGAAAGGAUAUGUUUGACUAAAAAUGGAAUUGUACAGAUACAUUUAAUAAACAUUUUGAAAUGCAGGCACAAUAAAACAUUGCUCCAUUCAA